AUGUGAAGCCUAUGUUAAUUGACACGAAGUAGUUCCUCGAUACAGAUUCGUCAUUUAGCCGUCUGAAGCCAGUGUUUGCCACAGUUCUUCAGAAACCGAAAGUUUUAUUCACAUAAGUUCAGAUUCUUGCAGCAUAUUCUAUAUUUUGACCAGUUUUUGAAGCUGCUCUCACCAAGGCGCAGGAAUAGAAGGAAAGCAUCGUCUACUCGCCCAGUGUCGGAAGAACGGAUAGAGACUUUAGUACCGCAUUAGAUUUGCUAUCUGUUUAAUCGGCAAUGGCGGACCAGUUGACUGAAGAGCAGAUUGCAGAAUUCAAAGAGGCCUUCAGCCUUUUCGACAAAGACGGCGAUGGCACCAUCACAACCAAAGAGUUGGGAACCGUCAUGAGGUCACUAGGUCAGAACCCAACAGAGGCAGAGUUGCAAGACAUGAUCAACGAAGUAGAUGCUGAUGGUAAUGGAACAAUAGAUUUCCCUGAAUUUCUGACAAUGAUGGCCAGAAAGAUGAAGGAUACCGACUCAGAGGAGGAAAUUAGAGAAGCAUUCCGAGUGUUCGACAAGGAUGGCAACGGUUUCAUCAGUGCAGCUGAGUUGAGGCAUGUCAUGACAAACUUGGGCGAGAAGUUGACGGACGAGGAAGUAGAUGAAAUGAUCAGGGAAGCAGACAUUGAUGGUGACGGACAAGUAAAUUAUGAGGAGUUUGUUACCAUGAUGACAUCCAAGUAACGUGGGGACUGUAAGAUGAGCUUACAUUCAUUUCCUUUCUCUAAGUGUACUCAUUGGUCUAUCUCAUCACCUAACUGGGUUGAGUACAGGGCGAUCUGCCUGUACAGAGAACAGCAAAGGAAAUGUGCAUCAGUCAGUCUGAUGGACAGACUGACAGCUAAUUUCGAACAUGGUCUGUCUCCAGUUUUAGGUUGAGAUUGUACAGUUUUGUAAUAUACUACCAAUUGGUCAUGUUAAAGGGGCUAGAGUUACCUCCCCCUACCAUUUAUUGUAUCUAGAGUUAUCUUCCCUUGAAGUUUCAUCAGUAGUUUGUCUAUGUAUUGAAAAAUCUUUUAAUUCUGUAGAAAUCAACAUUAUCCCAUGGAUUGGCUACGAUUGGAGAAUACCAGUUGUUAUGUGCUCUUUGAGACCUCAUGUUAGCGAACGUACAGCAUUGCUCACUCUGCUCACUCGCUUACCAUCAAACAUGUUUCCAUCUUAGAUCACGUGUCACGUUGUCACGGUUACGACAUGUGGUGUGAUACGAGUAGCUGCAGAUUGUGUCACAUGGUGGAGACUGGACCAACCAGAUAUCCCAGCUCAUUUUGUGCAGUUUGUCGUUGUGUAGGAUCUACGUAUCAGAAACGUGGAUAUUGAUUGCUAUAAAUGGCAAAAUAAUAUCUUUAACAACACUGAAACCAUUCCAUGAGUAAGUUGAACUGGUGUGUACUUGGAAAUAUGAAGAAAAUGUAAAGGUUAAAAAAAAAAGAUUGUAAAAUCACUGAAAUAGACCAAAAAACAUAUUUGUUGAUAGUGCCAUGUGUGAAUGUUCGACAUUGUGGAUUGAGCUUCACAUGGGCAUAGCCUUUGUUCAUCUGUGUUUGCUUGGGAUUGCUGUAGCUUGCAGGACCAAAACUCCAUACAGGGAGGUCUCACUCAAGUCAUAGGGGGAGAGGGAGGUAGCAUCUCCCUACAGGGAGGUCCCACUCAAGUCACGGGGGAGAGGGAGGUACUGUAACAGUUUCACAUAAUUGGGGACACAGCCUCUUCAAAGCUGUCCUUUGUAUUAGGAAUGUUAUCCCCUGAUCAAGGUUAGUGCCUAGUAAUCUAAGGGAGGCAACUCCCUGUCCCCGCCCGGUCCAUGCAAGGGCAGCCCUUACCAGGUCAGGUAACUUGAUCCUAGCCAAUUCAUGGACGCCUGUCUCCUGUAUGUUGCAAGUAGGAUGGCCAGCUGGUGUUGACUGCUGGCUGGCCGGCUGUUGUAGGUGCUUCUUUCUCUGCUCCUGUUCCUCCUCCACCUAUCACCUUGCCUCAUUCUUUGGUCACCCAGCACCUCUUCCUCCCCCGUCGUCACAUACAGCAUCUUCUGUGACUAGUUGACAUUGAUGUUGACAACCACUCCACAAUGCCUCGUUUCCAAAGGAAGAUGUACAUUUUAUUUCUGCCUUUUGAUCAGAUUUUUCUUAUCUAUGUUCUUUUAAAAUGCAUUUGAUUAUUAUAUCAUGGAUCUCAUUGUCUCAUAAACAUUGUAAAUCCACA